CCGCACCCGUCUUCUCCAGUUCUCUCCCUCCCAGUGCCCCCUUUCUCUCUCCAGAUCUCACCCGCCAUGGACCUCCUCGACGCGGGCCACCGCCACGCCGCCCCCGCCGCCGACAUGGACGGCGCCGUGGCCUCCGCGCUCCCGCUCGCCGGCGCCGCGUACCAGCCCUACGUAUCCGAGCUUCUCUCCUUCUCCAUCGAGCGCCUCCACAAGGAACCGGAGCUGCUGCGGGUGGACGCUGAGCGGGUGCGGCGGCAGAUGCAGGAGGUGGCAGUGGAGAACUACGCCGCCUUCAUCGCGGCGUCCGAGGCGCUCUCCUUCGUCCGCGCGCAGCUCGAGGGAUUCGACAGCCACCUCGAGGCCCUGAUAGAGGAGAUACCAAAUUUAACGUCUGGCUGCACUGAGUUUGUUGAGUCAGCACAGCAAAUUUUGGAAGAGAGGAAGCUCAAUCAAACAUUACUAGCCAAUCAUAGUACCUUGCUUGACUUGCUUGAAAUCCCACAACUGAUGGACACGUGCAUACGGAAUGGGAACUAUGAUGAGGCACUUGAUCUAGAAGCUUUUGUAAGCAAAAUUUCAAAGUUGCACCCUGAUUUACCUGUUAUCCAAGGAUUAGCUGCUGAAGUCAAGAAGACAGUACAAUCACUAAUUUCUCAGCUUCUCCAGAAACUUCGAUCAAAUAUUCAGUUACCUGAGUGCCUCCGUAUUGUAGCACAUUUGCGUCGAAUUGGAGUUUUCAGUGAAUCAGAAUUGCGCUUACAGUUCUUGAGGUGCAGGGAAGCUUGGCUUUCUGGGAUUCUUGAAGAUCUGGACCAAAGGAAUGUUUAUGAUUACCUGAAAGGCAUGGUGACUUGCCACAGGGUGCAUCUAUUUGAUGUUGUUAAUCAAUACCGGGCAAUAUUCAACAAUGACAAAUCUGGGAAUGAGGAGAACUAUGAUGGCGGGCUGCUUUUCAGCUGGGCAAUGCAACAAGUUAGUAAUCACCUCACAACUCUUCAAGUUAUGUUACCAAACAUAACUGAAGGUGGGUCUCUGUCCAACAUUCUUGAUCAAUGCAUGUAUUGUGCAAUGGGUCUUGGCCUAGUUGGGUUGGAUUUCCGUGGCCUACUUCCACCAAUCUUUGAAAAUGCGGUUCUAAAUUUAUUCUCAAAGAAUAUGAGUACGGCAGUUGAAAAUUUCCAGGUUGUUUUGGAUUCACACCGGUGGGUUCCGAUGCCAUCUGUUGGCUUCGUAGCAAAUGGAGUUGUGGAUGAGACUUCUGAUGAUGUGACUCCACCUUCCGUUUUAAUGGAGCAUCCACCUCUUGCAGUGUUUGUUAAUGGUGUUUCAGCAGCAAUGAAUGAGCUGAGACCAUGUGCGCCAUUGAGCUUGAAACAUGUUCUUGCUCAGGAGGUGGUGAAGGGAUUACAAGCAGUUUCUGACUCCCUAGUUAGAUACAAUGCCAUGCGGAUGCUGCGUGGGAAUGAGUCCGCUCUUUUCCUUUCACUCUGCCAGGCAUUUAUCGAGGUCGUACACCCUUAUUGUGCCGCAUGUUUUGGCCGAUGCUACCCGAACGGAGCAACACUGAUCACAGAGUGCCAGAGCACAUUCAACGGUGUCAGCCAGCUACUGACUGUACCCGCAAGAUCAAACAGUUCUAGCAUUGAAAGAAGGCAAUCAGGAGGCAUCGACAGAAAGCAGUCAGGGAACAUCGAAAGGAAGCAGUCGGGGAGCAUCGAACGAAGGCAGUCGGGAGGCAUUGAACGAAAGCAGUCCAUUGAGAGCGCUGGGUCAACCGUCACCGAUAAUGGGCUACCAACUGAUGGAUCAGUGUCAGAGGUCAACAGUGAUGCUGCAACCCCAGCCUCAGCAGUUCAGGAUGGUGCGCAAACCAGUCCUCCAUCAAGCAAGUAGCUUGGAUCUCUGUUCUUGGAAUCUACUGAGGUCCUUCAUCAAGGCCUGGUUUUCUUCAACCAGAGAGGAUACUGCUGCAAAGCGCAGAGUUGCAUUGGUCGAGUUUGGAUCAGUGUUGCUGUCGCUCCUACAGUGUAUACAAGCUUCUCAUCACCAGAUAUUUGUAUCUUGAUUUGUACAACAGUCAAAUCUUUAGCCGUUCAUUGUUACUUGCGAUCCCAUACCUAGAUCUUGUAGAGUGUUCCACAACCUGAACAAUAAUCUGAUAGUACGAACUGUGCUGGCUGCAUUGUUGACUGCACAUUUUCUUCAAAUUGAAGAGCUGAUAUGGAUUCCAUCCUUGUAAAA